AUUAUGCGGGGAGCAGCCCAUCAAGGUGAAUCACUGCCUUGCACGACAUAUCCUGCCACAAGGUGUGACGCUGGUGUCCUCCAGAAGAGUGCACUACCUGCAGCUUGUCUCAGCACUGCAGCAGCUACCAAGAACAGUUCUGCACAGCGUCCCCCCCCUGGAGCUUGCCAAGUGAGCGCAGGACCUGCGGGUCCUGCCAGACCUGCGGGUCCUGCCAGACCUGCGGGUCCUGCCAGACCUGCGGGUCCUGCCGGACCUGAAGCAGUUGCUGCAAAGAGCCCUGCCCCCGUUCCUCCGGCAUUCACACACCUUCCUGAUGGAACUUUUCACCUGACCAAGGGGAUAGUCAUUUCCAGUGGCCAGGCUGCAAAAAUAUUUCGGGGGAAAAAGCCAACAAUUGUUGGUAAAGAAACAGCUCAAGCGAUUUGGACGAACGCCGUACUUGCUACGAGGAGCGUAACUGGAACAACAUGUCCCCAGAAGCGAGCAGCCGGAGAGCCAGCAAAGCCUCCUCUAACACCUGAGAAGAUCGACGUUGUUCAGGCUGCAAUUUCCUUCUGGGGAGACCAGAACAAACAGUCUGCAGCAGCAGCUGCAGUAGUCUGCGACAUAGGGAACUUGCUAAGAGAGAAGUGCCAAGACGCAAGGCGUUCCGAAGAGAGGUUGAAGAAGAAGCUGUAGCGCCACAAGGCUAUAAACCUUGAAAUAAAAUUACA